AAAAGACUAAUGGGGUAAGGGCACUAGACAUUUGCAGUUGGCGGGAGUCCAAAUUAUUUUGGCUCCAACUUUUACUCAAAAGUUUUUUGAGUUUCUUUUUUUGCUUGCAUUUUAGUUUUUUUUAAACCCUUUUUAUUACUUUACCAAUAACAGGGACCAUUUGCCAUUCGCUGCUACCAAGGUUGUCAAAUCGGUUUGUGCCAGUGUGUCGGUUUAGCAAGUGGAAUGGUUCGACCGGUGGUACAUACCGAUUUGUGCCGGUUCAUGCCGGUUAAUAUUACAAAUAAUUUACAAAUACUCAUAUUUAAGCACGACAUUGAACGUCAUUACCUAAAUAUUUGUACUUGAAUCCAACAAAUAACAUCAACAUUUAACUUUAUAAGACAUAAAAUAAAUAAUAAAUUACUUUUUAUCAAAUAAAUUCGCUAAUAUAAGAUCAUUUUACUUAGAGAUUCGUAUAUCGAUCAUGCCGGUCAUACCGGUAGUGUCAUACCGGUUUUAUGACCGAUACAGGUUGAACCAGAUUCAACCAGUGGCACGCCGACCGGCGUGACAACCAUGCCUGCUACCUUAUCUUCAAUUCACAACAGAAAUGGAUCUCACGGUAGAGCAAUAAAAGAAAACCAUUCAGGAGCCGCCGUCCAUGAGCACACUUCUCGACGACGACCGCCGUCCUCCCACGCAGUCCUACUUGAAUGUUGUUCACAAGUACUUCUAUCCAUAAUCCUGCCACCAUUCGACCCAAGUCCACCUCUACUGUGCGAGAACACCAACAAUCGCGUUGUCAUUGUCCCGAUAGCAGCGGUUUCACUCUCCAUCGGACCAGUUCUGCUUUUACAUCAACAGAUCUCAAGCAAACUUACUAAAGCUCUCAUUUUCUUGUUGUAUCUAUUUAAUUGAGUUCAAGAGCAACUCGAUUUAAAUAAGAGAAGCAUCCACGACAGAGUUGACACGAUGGAGGCUGAAGUAUGCACUUCCAUGGCAUUGUUGUUGAGGAUGUUUAGGAUUAUACUUAUGGCGUCAGUUAAACAUAAGGAUUAGCAUGUGAUUGUCAAAGUACAACCUCGAGAUGUAUAUGUAGUCAGUUGAAGAGCGGAUGCUGAAGCAAGUCAGGUACUUCAAUGUGGAAUUUGAUAAAUAUUUGCUUGUAUAUCUGUUGGCACAUUUUAGUUGAAGUUAUCGUAAACUAACUUUCUGUGUCAGCUUCUUCCACCAGGAUGAUGGUGACAUGAAGCUUCUUCGACCCGGUUUGGAUUUUGUUCUCAUUUUCGUGGAUUGGAACUUUUCAUUUGUUCUUUGCUGGUCAUGACUGAAUUAUCAGAUAAUAUUAUGCCAAUGGAAGUGAACAUAAAAGACCUCUCUAUUUUAAUCGUUCAUAAUAGCCAAUGUAAUAAUACUUUGUUGUUGUUGUUGAUACUGUUGUUACAGGCUCUAAACAGGUGUUUUAACUUUUAAGUGCUGGAACUAGCUUUAGUAAUCUAACUACCGGUGUUGCAAGUGAUGCUGUUACAUGUUCUUCUUUUGAGUUGGUUAAAAUUUUGAUUUGAGCUAUUGUAGAUUCAAGUUUUAUGGAACAUAUUAGUAAGUAUAGAUGACUCAUCUUGAACACUUACAUGACAAUUAAUUUGUUGUGGUAACUUGCUAACAUAGUGGAUGAUUGUUGUUGAAUGAGUAGUGCCCCUUUCUAGAUGUCUUUGUUUGCUUUUCCCCUGGCCUUUUUAUCACCUCUGUUUCCCCUUCACCAUUGGUUUUGCUUGCUCUCUGUAUUUGUUUCCAGAACUCCCUCUGAUUUUAUUUUGCUUCAAUCUAUUUACUCUUGCCAUUGUUAUUUUGAUGAUUCAUCAUACGAAUUAGUUUAUUUGAUAAUUCUUUCGGUUAAGUCUCUUUUUUGGACUCUUGCAGGUAAUGAUGCUAAACUUGGGAUUAAUAGUCGACAUUUGGUUAUUUAUGGAGGAAGAUAAAGGAUGCGAAGUAAUUAAGAAGAUUUUAUGACUAAUUAUGUACGUAGGAGUUAUAUCUCUGUAGAAGAUUGAUGUAGGCAGUAACAUGUGUUACGAGCUUUCCAUAUCUUUUGGACCAGAAUUACUCAAUAUUUCAUUUUUAUGAUUAUUAUCUUUUUUCUUUUGUAGAAAUGUAAUUCUUAUUAUCAGAAACACACAAUUGACUUUCAUUGUAUAAUAUUAUUUAUUAGUGUCGAAUAUGGAUUUGUCAAAAUUUACAGUUGAUUAGCACUUUAGCAGGUAUGAUUAAUGAGUAAAUAAAGGUUAGCCACCAUUAAACGUGGGUUAAAGGAAAGGAAAUGCAUUUUGGGGUAAUUGCUGUGGGCCAUGAUAUGGUCAUCUAACGACAAGUCUCUCCUCGCUAAAUCAUCCAUCCUUUAACGGCCGUGCGGAUACGGUCGCCACUACAAGUAACGACCCGGAUUACAUCUAGCGACGAAGCUACUAGCGGCCGGGAAACCACGGUCGCCACAUUUUAACGACCGUUUUUUAUCCUUUAGCGAAGGGAAUUACGGUGACUAAAAGGUAUAUUUUUUG